AUGGCGGGGCUACCAAAGCGGAUAGUAAAGGAGACGGAGCGGUUGAUGGCAGAGCCUGUUCCCGGGAUUAAUGCAGUUCCUCACGAAGAUAACCUUCGGUAUUUCGACGUCCGAAUCCACGGUCCAACACAGUCUCCCUACGAAGGAGGGAUUUUCAAACUCGAGCUAUUUUUGCCAGAAGAUUACCCAAUGACACCUCCAAAGAUCCGUUUCCUCACCAAGAUUUACCAUCCCAAUAUUGAUAGAUUAGGUAGAAUCUGCCUUGAUGUGUUAAAAAAUAAUUGGUCUCCGGCGUUGCAAAUCCGGACAAUUUUGCUGUCCAUCCAAGCACUGCUCGGCGCGCCGAACCCAGAUGAUCCUCUGGCCAACGAUGUUGCACAGCGAUGGAAGGAAGAUGAACCCGCGGCCAUUCAGACAGCAAGGGAGUGGACAAGAACACAUGCCAUGGUUUAA